AGUCCUGUCUCACCCACCCCCAUAAAGGUUCCAAUUUUAAUUGCAGACCCACCACACACAAAGGAGUACCCACCCCCUCUGGAAAAUACUCCAGAGGACUUUACUACCCAACCCCAACUUCGCUCAACAGAUGACCCACCAGGCUGGAGUCGAGUAAAACACCAAUACCCCUCCUUGUGCCGCUGA